AUGCAUUUAUCAUUACUCUCCUAUAAUCUUUCUUUCUUUCUUUCUUUCUUUCUUUCUUUCUUUCUUUCUUUCUCAUUUCGGCGAGACAUUAUUCUGAAGGCGCUUGUGAAUAUUUCAAUGGAAAAAACGAAAUGUCCAACUCCGCUUUUCUAUAAAUAUUAUCAAUACGAUGCCAAUCUAUCUAUCUAUCUAUCAUCUAUCUAUCUAUCUAUCUAUCUAAUGCAGUCUUUUCUCUUUCUAAGUACUUUAAUUAUCUAUCUAUCUAUCUAUCUAUCUAUCUAUCUAUCUAUCUAUCUAAUGCAGUCUGUUCUCUUUCUAAGUACGUUAUCUAUCUAUCUAUCUAUCUAUCUCAGCCUGUUCAUUAUCUAUCUAUCUAUCUAUCUAUCUAUCUAUCUAUCUAAUCUCACCUGUUCAUUAUCUAUCUAUCUAUCUAUCUAUCUCAGUGUGUUCUCUUUCUAUUUAUCUCAAUAUGUUCAUCUAUCUAUCUAUCUAUAUGGAAUAACGCCUGUCACCAUCUUCAUUCACUUGACAGCUACGUGGAUCGGCAUUCUUUUUCGUCAACUGAGAAAGUUUUCUCUUCCCGGCUUAGACUUAAUUUUCGUUCGCUCUCUCCUAACACGCAUGUGUCCUAUCUAUCUAUCUAUCUAUCUAUCUAUCUAUCUAUCUAUCUCAGUGUUGCCUUUCUAUCUCAAUAUGUUUAUUAUCUAUCUAUCUAUCUAUCUCAGCUCUAUCUAUUUCCAAAUCAAUUGGAGGUACCUAAAUUCUUAUCUAUCUAUCUAUCUAUCUAUCUAUCUCAUCAUGUUCAUUUCCUAUCUAUCUAUCUAUCUAUCUAUCUAUCUAUCUAUUUCAUCAUGUUCGUUAUCUAUCUAUCUAUCUAUCUAUCUAUCUAUCUAUCUAUCUAUCUAUCUAUCUAUCUCAGCCUGUUCAUAUCUAUCUAUCUAUCUAUCUAUCUAUCUAUCUAUCUAUCUAUCUAUCUCAGCUCAUUUAGAUUUUGGUGUAAAAUAA